AUGCUGCAGCAGGAUCUCCUCGACACCCUAUUUCUGAACCGAAAGGCACUGGCGGACGUUGGAGGAGGCGGCACGAGCGGCGGCACAGGGGAGAACCACCACCACACAACAGACGACGACAACAGCUCACGGACAGCUCUCACGAUGAACAAGGACAUGGGCGGGCCAGAGGCUGCAGGCGGGGACAAGUGCCCCGUGGACCACCGCAGCAGGGAGGCCUGGAUGGCACAGGCAAAGGCCGCGGCACAGGAGGAGGCGCAACAACGACAAUCAUCAUCAACAUCACCGACGAUGACGACGACGACACCACAAUCCUCGAAGUCGACUACUACCACUACUACCACCACUACAUGGCAAUGGCCGCGGAUCCCAUUCCUCUCCUCCUACUCCACAUCAACACCACCACCAGCAACAGCAACAGCAACCACAACAAAAUCACCACCACCACACCCAGGCUCAAAAACCCCCACCAGCCACAACGACAACACCCUCGGAACGGACCGCGAGGUCUCGACCAUCCCCCGCAGCCAGUCCGCCGGCGCGACCACGUCCGCCUGCCCCGUCAACCACGAGACCGAGACGGGAGCCGACAGCAAGACCGGCAACUGGGUGUACCCCUCGGAGAAGAUGUUCUUCGACGCCAUGAAGCGCAAGGGCCACGACACGCGCGCCCGGGACAUGAAGACGGUCGUGCCCAUCCACAACGCCGUCAACGAGCGCGCGUGGAAGGAGAUCCGGGAGUGGGAGAGGCCGUACGCCUCGGAGAGCUGCCCCCAGGGCCCGAUGCUCUACUCCUUCACCGGCCUGAGCACGACCAUGUCCCCCAAGGCCCGCCUCAACACCCUCCUCGGCUACACCGCCCCCUUCGACAGGCACGACUGGGUCGUCGACCGCUGCGGCACCCGCGUCGAGUACGUCAUCGACUUCUACGCCGGCCGCGCCGGCCCCGCCGGCCCCGGCGCGAAGCCCAGCUUCUACCUCGACGUCAGGCCCAAGCUCAACACGUGGGAGGGCAUCAAGAUGCGGGCUAGCAGGGCCGUCGGGCUGUCGUGA